AUGGAGGCUACAGGGUCGUCCCAGGCCAGGAGGUGCUACCAAGAGGCCCUGGAGAAACUCUUCCCGCGCCUCUGCUUUCUCUGCUCCCUGGUGACCUAUGCACUGGUGGGGGCCCUGCUGUUCUCAGCCAUCGAGGGCGGCCAGGACCUGGGGGCAGGUGACGGGGAGUUGGAGAAGUUCUUGGAGGAGCUCUGCUUCCUCUUGCAAUGCAACAAAACUGUCAUGGAAGACAGGAAACUGGACCUCAGGAGGCUGCUGCCCACGGUGAAGCACCAGUGGUUCCACAGGGCCGCAGACUGGUCCUUCCUGAGCUCGCUCUUCUUCUGCUGCACAGUGAUCAGCACCGUGGGUUACAGCCACAUCUUCCCGGUCACCAGGCUCGGCAAGUACGUGUGCAUGCUCUACGCCCUCUUCGGCAUCCCCCUGAUGGUCCUGGUCCUCACGGACACAGGCGACAUCCUGGCAACCCUCCUGUCCACGGCUUACAACCGGCUCCGAAAGCUCCCAUUCCUCUGCCCUCGCCUUCCCACAUGGUGCUCCCGACUGCCUUCCAGGAGAAGGCGGGCCGCCAAGCCCGCGGGCCAGACGGUCCCCAGGAUCAUCAUCGACGCCCCAGAGCCCCAGGACCCCAGCCCCAGGUGUCCCUCGGCCUCAAGCAGCAGCAACGUGGAGCUGCUGGAGAGGCUCCUCGCCCGGGAGAAACGGAACACGCUGCCCCCGCCCCCGCGGGCCGUGGAGCGGAGCACCUCCUGCCCCGAGCUGGCGUCGGGGGCCCUCUCCUUCUCCGUCAUCAGCAACCUGGACCAGGUGGGCCGGCAGGUGGAGAAACUGGACGUGCCCCUGCCCCUCAUCGCCCUCAUCGUUUUCGCCUACAUCGCCUGCGCGGCCGCCGUCCUGCCCGCCUGGGAGGAGCACCUGGACUUCGAGGACGCCUUCUACUUCUGCUUCGUCACGCUGACCACCAUCGGGUUCGGCGACAUCGCGCUGCAGCAUCCGCACUUCUUCCUGUUCUUCUCGCUCUACAUCAUCGUCGGGAUGGAGAUCGUGUGCAUCGCUUUCAAGCUGGUGCAGACCAGGCUGAUUCGCGGCUACAAGCGCUUCAUGCUGUUCUUCACCAGAGGGAGGUUCUAG